UCGCCUCGAUCACCUCACAACAACACCCCGAACCCCAAAAUCCGCAAACAUAGGUCAUAUCUGUAGUCCGAUGACGAAACAAGAUAAAGACCCAGAUGGCCUCGAGCCUGUCGAACCUCGCCCUCGUGGACCUCCACCUCAAACCAGGUCGCAACGCCCAAGUGGAGAUCCAAGCCCGUCAGGCUCAACCAAAACAGCUCCCGUCACACCUGCAGCCCAGUCAGCUCACAAGCCGGAAAUAACUAGUGGACUGGGAACAGCUGGUAAACAGGAUAACCCAAACAUCAUCGCACAACAAUCUCCCACGUCCACACAGCAUCUUCACAGGGCUUUGCAACAACCUGCUCCCGAUCAAGCAAAGCAUGGCUCAUCUUCUCAACAACCUCCGCCACCCCCGCCACCCCCAAACGUCAUCUUCGACGACGAAUUCAGGGAAGCACAGGAUAUCACGUAUGAGAAACUAUGUGAAAUGGUAAAGGAUUCGGAUCUGGACUCAUUCCUCGCGUUCAGAGACCAAUUGUUGGCGGUGGAGGAAAGCCUUGGCCCUGGUUCCAACUAUUUACCUCUAAAACAAAGCCUUUACAGGAUAGAGCUCGCCAUACGAGGGGCUAACAUUCUCAAAUCCAAUCGAGAGACUGCUGCUGCUUCUCAAGUGUCUAGCACUGAACUCAACGUCCCUGAGGUGGGAACUUCGGCCACUGUUGAAGCCGAACCAUCAAAGAAGAGAAGGAAAAGGAAGAAAAGGACGGGUCACGAGGUCGUGAUCGCAGAUUCAACAGACGGCGAGACCGCAUCCGCUGAUACAGCAAAGAUCAAUAUUCACAAUGACCCUUGGCCCUGGGAAGAUAAUGACGCGGAUCUCGAGCAGACCAAUCGAAUUGAAUCCUCCCUAGCCGAACUUCAAAGUGCUCCCGAUUCAGCUGCACAGCUCGAGGAAGACUUAGAAACGGAGGAAUUACUUCCCCCAGGUGAUGCAGAAGCUCCAAAGAAGAAAGGCAAGAAGAGAAGAGGCAAGAAGAAAGCUCAAGGCGGCAUCGAUAAAGGGAAACAAUUGGCAGAAGAUAAAAGUCCCGCCGCAACUGCAUCUUCUUAUUCGCCCAACCUCCCAACUGCUGCCCAAGCCAGUGCUGAGCAUACAUGUGACCACAAGCAACACUCACGAUGCAGCCAUACCACCUGGAAGAACGACGAUACAACCUUCAGCAAGGUCCUAGCAGAAACCAUCCGUGAGCUGCUUUCGGACACGCCGCUGGAUUCAAAGCUCAAACUCGAGCUACAUGUGGAUAUGAACAAGGUCAAAAGGCGAGUGGACGAGAUUGAAGCUGCAGAUGGCGAUGCCACCAUAUUGCGCACCAAAAAACCGCUGUCCACUGUCAGUAAUAAGGCCCCUUUCUCGGCAUUUGGAAAAGUGGCCACCCCAAAAGAGCAGCGAGCCGCGGCAAUUCACCUAUUAUCAUCGCCGAAAUACUACAACGCAUUCCUCGAUUACAUAGAACACCUCAAUUACCUCGUUGCAUGCGGAGAUGAGAAGGCGGCGGCCAUGGCAGAUGAAGCCGACUUGGUUUACAAUGUUGUCACAAAGGUCUACAAGGAAGUGAGCGACAAUACGCGAUCUAAAGUCGACGAUACACCUCUCGUCGAGAGCGCGACCCAUGCCAGACGUCUUGCAGAGUCGGCCAAGAAAAUGAAAGAACUACAGGAGCUUGAACAAGGGAUACGCCAGCCUGAUGAUCCUACUCCAGCCACUGAGAGUCCCCGUCCAGUAUCCGCUCAAACGAUCAAAGACAAUACACCUUCAUCAGCUGAACUGGAAACCAAGGCUAUGUCUCUCAUUAAGCAGCCACCAGUGUUGCGUCGCUUUGUUGCCGAUUAUAAUGCGAUGAGAACGAACUCGGAUGCCUACGCUGUGCCGAAGCUCCAGAAGCAACCUUUCAGUCUAGUUGGUCGCAAAGCGCCAUCGAUGCACCCUGUGGCGAAUUUUGAAAAGGAAUCGUCGAGUAAAGGCAGUCGCAAAGCGCCAUCGGUGCGCCCUGCGCCGAAUCUUGAGAAGGAAUUUCCCAGUAACGGUACCCCCAAAGAGCCAUUGACCCCCAAACGUGCUGUCUACGCCCUGGCCAAAUCUACUUCAGGCGAGGAAGCCUUCAGCAUUAUCUCUGAAUAUUUUGCAUCGCACACAGUUAACCCUGAGUCCCGGAAAACUGUGGCUUCGUAUUACGUCUUUGACGACGCGAAAAUGUCAGCUUAUUUACUAAAAAAGGCGGAAAUCGAAGAACGGUUCACCUCUAGUAACAAUGCGGAGUUGGCAAGAGUGAAGGACGAGAUAGAAAAACUCUGGAAAUGCAUUGUGGAGGAGCGAAAGGCCAGAGAGCUCAAAGAUUCUGAAGAGGUUGAAGGUGAAUCCGGGCCUAUAAUCUGCAAUCCCUCCAAAACAAAGGAUUUUGUAGAUAAAGUUAUGAGGAAAAUGGUCAAACAAUUUGCCAGAUCACCAACUGGCGUUCUGAGGUUCUUAUGGCCGCUCAAGUUCAUCGCAGAGCAUCCUUCCAUCCAAGAGAAGACGAGGGCAGCAUCGGUAUGUGUCUUGACUGAUCUGACCCAGCUCUCUCGAUAUGAGCCAUAUCUUCGAAAGGCAAAGGACAUGCCAUGGAACCAACCGACAUUGAGCAAUCUUAGUGCUCAGCAGCAUGUACAACUCUUCAUGAAUGCUGUGAGUUCCAUGAAAACAGCGCUUGAGAGCGCACCACCCUGUGUUUUACGAUGCAAUGCCAACAGUAACCCAUCCAUCCUUCCACUCACCAAAAGGGUGGGUCUUCCAAUAAAGGCGCAAAUAUUGUAUAACAUUCGGGACUACGAGAGCGCCUAUACCGCUACAUUGGAUGAUGAAGGCAGGGCAUCUGUCAAUAUGGAUUUCCGCCUUCCAGCUAUUGAUUGUCCAAAUUAUUUCCGAGAGACAGCCAAGGAACUCUAUGAAGAUGCUGUAGGCUAUGCUGCGUUCAUAGAGCAGAAAAACAAGUUGGCAAAUCUGCCAGCAUGCUUCGGGGAUUCUGAAGUUCGCCAGUCUCUUGUUGCCAGCGCGCUUCUGCUUCACUCUGCUCUCGCUGAGUUGGAUGACUCUUAUCCGCAUGAACGCCUCCGGAUCAUGGAAGUUGUGGCCGCCUCUAGAUCAUAUGCAAUACUACCCCCGGCGAUGGGGUCUGUUGCCAUAUGUAGAGAUGCGGUUACCAGUUACCUUUCGGCCGUACUGAAAGUUGAGACCAACUUUGUGCGUGAGGAUAUCCAUUAUCAAGCUGCGGCUGACAAAUCGGGUGAUGAGAGUGCAGGCUCCAAGGGAGUCGGAGUUCACUCAAAGGAGCAUGUGCCAUAUGUUCUAGGCCAUUGGGUGCCAGAUGCAAUGGCGGGGGAACAGAUCCCAGGUAAACCAUCUGUCGCCGAAGAGCUAGUGCAGCCCUUACAGACCACCUCUAUUCGAAUUCUAGAGGCGACCGGCGACCCUCCUGAAGAAUUGGCCCCUUCUCAAAAGAAGCUCAAAAAAGAACUCAUUGCAGCAAAUUAUAGAAAGCAACAAACGGUUCCUCUCACACAGCAUGAGGUCCAGGCCAGAGCAAGGCGCAUAGUCUCAGAUUCCAGUAUGCUCUCUUCAUUCAACAAGUCGAAGGAAGCCAUGGAAUAUGAUACUGGCUUCGAGGACAACGCAGAUGAGAAGUUUUUCAAGAAUGAGAUAAAAAGAAUCUAUGCAGAGAUAAAGAAGGUCAUGGAUGCAGAGAUUGGGCUACAAGAGCCAGCCAGUCCAGUAUCGUCUUUCAUGCCGCCACAUACAGCUCAACCUUCCGCCCCGAAAGAAGUUGAUGAUGCCACACACCUGCCAAAUUCUUCUGUUACCCUGAUUCCAUCCAAAAGUUUCAUUAAAUCGCCAGUAGACUGCGUCAGCGUGCAUCACCUCGAUUUCCAAACCAAUCUGGACAAAAUAACCACAGCAGCUCUUACGCUUGUUCCGACUCCAAUAAUCCCCCAUAACCAAGUUGUCGUCUAUUCACCUCUAGGCCUGCCAGCGCAUUUUGAUACUUCUCUCCGGCCCAAUGCUGCUCCGCUGCCAUCUGACCCCGAACUGGCGAAAGAAUGUAUCAUUUUCGAGACAGCAAGAGAGCAGCGAAAGUCCCUAGCUGCAUAUUUUGCAAAAUCCUUUCACGGUUAUGCAUAUUUCCUCGAGUUCAAAACCGAAGCGGAAGAGGCCGUCGUGGCGACUGUUCUAACCAACGAGGAAGGUUCCAGGGCAAGACAGAUACUCAGCGUACUGGACAAUGUGGAUUCAAUGGUACAAAUGCUAAGAGUCGGCGCAAGAAGAGAUGCAGGCAAAGAUAACGAACAUAUUCGAGCGGCUGCAGCGGAUUUAGUUUCAGUCCUGGACGAUCGCCCGAGGCUUAUGAUUACGAUGGAGGCAAUCGAACAACUGUUUGACAACGAAUCUAGGCACAGGAAUCCAACUUUCAGCUCUUUGAUGGGUCUAAAGCUUUCCAAGAGAUUUGACGAAAUGGUUACUGCAGUAUGCUAUGGUCUGUUUGUCCCCGAAGCAAUUGAAGACGGGAAAAUGAGCAGUCAAGAGCAAGAGCCAACAGCGAAGCACGUUCCAAAAAUACCACCACCAGGGUCUAUCAUUGACAACAAGGUCCGUCCUUUCAUUGGCCAAGGGAGUAAAAGGAUGCCGAAGUUCACAGAUCCGGCCGAUGUCCUCGUAUUCGCAACGGAUAUGUAUCCAGGACUGUCUGAUCUACUCUCGGGCGCCACCCCACUAUCCAGCUGCGGCAAGAGUGACACUACAAAGUUGUCCGAGAUGGAAAUCGAAAAGGUCCUUGGGGGACUAGAUUCAAUGCCGGUUCCGCCUCAGGCUGUCGCCGAUCUUUACAAGUCUAGGCCGCCAGUGCCAUUGUCCAAGGUCCCACGUUUCACUGACGCCGACGAGGCCGUGGCAUAUAUGCAAUCACAUAUGGAAGGUGCCACAGCUCCCAUAUCAGUAUCGGUGGCUCCUAAUCUUUCUCAUUCUGAUAUACAAGACAGUAAAGAGGCGGGUUCAUCACUUGCCAUUGAGAAAUAUGGAGUCUCUAUACCCGAUGAAUAUACGGUUGUCCCUGAUUCCACGCCAGAAGGUCGGGCAUUGGGCAAGGCAAUGGAAGACAUACAGCUUUCAGCCUGCAAAGGAGAUGUUCCGACUGACUAUCAAAUGGCUGCCCUUGGAAAGGCACGACGAGAGUUAUAUAACAGUCGACUUGCAAAGGCUCCAGCUUCAACAGGCAAUCCCAACACAGCAAAGCGUCAUCAUCCAACCAGUCUAUCAGUUUCGGCUCGGGCUGAAAAUCGUGCCGCAGCCAAUUUGUUGGCGAGAUCCGAGGCAAUGACGCUCGUGGGUACCAGAUACUUUCCCAAUGCCCAAUAUGCCGCUCCGUCUCUGAAACCACAGCAAAUAUCGUUCUCGCCGGCAGGCUUUGCGCUCCCGCGGCCCGCCCCCUUUAAGAGUCCAUCAGCACCAAGCAAUAAUAAGCCAGAUGCAUUACUAGUGUCCCUCCGAACACCCAUUACUGAGAAGCCUCUCAUUGCCGCGCCCAUUACAGUGGAAGGGGUCCACCACGAAAUUAGCAAACUCUACGCCAGUAUCAACAAAAGCAGCGACUUCCAUGAAUGCCGUACCUCAUUGCGCAUCCCAGAUCCCACCAGCGUGGAAUUCCAACCCUUACUCGACCUGAACAUGAUUUUUGCCACCUACAAGGCCAUCCAAGUGAUUGAGGACCGGCGGAUUGAUGUCCUCUUGGAAAGCGCUGAGGAGUAUCAGAGUAGCAUCGAACAUACCAUAAAAGUUACGAGACUUUGGAACGAAGGGCUCGAUGCAGCCUUGGACACUGCUAAAGAGUACAGACUAUUCAACAAGAGAGCAAUUGCCGCAAUGAAUGGGGAGUAUGAUGAGAUGUGUCAGAGCCCCAAACGCAGGAGCCGGAAGUCGGAGAAACGAAGGAAGGGGAUGGGGAAAAAGCUGGGUGCCCAUCGCAAGAGCAUUAUCGAGGAUUUCGAGGCUCCAGAGGAAUUUCAUGGUGAUGGCCCGAAACUGGGAUCUUUCCGCGUUCGGUAGAUAACCCAGGAAAGAUGUCGGAGUCUCUAACUUGACUGUACGUAUAUUGGAG